AUGCAUCCGCGGAAUGCCGGGUACCUGGCAAAAAAAGCCAUGCGGAAGAAGGUGUUGGAGAAGUGCAAAAAGGCGACGUUAUGUCAGCACUGUGGAGAUGAUAACGGACCUGUUCGAAAAGCCGUGAACUAUUCUUACGCACUUUCCUUCAACAAGGAGCUUGAAGGAUUCGUCGACAGCGCGAAGUUGACGCUGUUGACUCCGCUCGACGCCUUAGAAUUGUUCGAUCGAAUGAAUGAAGCAGAUUUGCCCCUGCUUUUCAUGGAUCCUGAUUGUGGUCAUCCGCGAAACCUCCUGCUUACUAGAAUAGCUGUACCACCAGUCUGCAUUCGACCAUCAGUGAUAUCCGAAACACGAAAGGGAUCGAACGAGGAUGAUAUAACCAUGAAGCUAAUGGAGAUAAUCUUUCUCAACAACUUGAUCAUGCGUCAUCGUCAGACUGGGGCCAAAGUGCAGAAUAUUCAAGAAGAUUGGGACUACUUGCAAUUGCAAUGUGCCCUCUACAUCAACUCAGAACUCUCUGGAAUCCCAAUGAAUAUGCAGUUCCGCCAAAACAAAAUCAAUGAUUUCCACGUUUCCUCCGCGUGCCGCGAUGUGGAGGACGGUGAAGUUUCGCCCUCCCCUACUAAUCCGUCGAAACGAGGAAGAAGCUUUGUACAACGUCUCAAGGGUAAACAAGGCCGAUUCAGGGGAUAUUUAUCUGGGAAACGUGUUGAUUUCUCUGGGAGGACUGUCAUCUCACCUGAUCCUAAUCUCAGAAUAGAUCAGGUUGGUGUGCCGAAGCUUGUUGCCAUGGUGAUGACGUAUCCCAUGCGAGCCACGAAAGAAAAUCUUCCGUUCCUGAGGCGUCUUGUUUUGAAUGGGGCCGAUGUUCAUCCAGGAGCCAAUUUUGUGGAAGAUCCUCUGACUGGAAACCGAAGAUUCCUUAGAUAUGGCAACAGGCAAAAAAUUGCAAUGGAUUUGAAACCAGGAGACAUUGUGGAGCGUCAUUUGAUGGAUGAUGACAAAGUCUUGUUCAACCGUCAGCCGUCUUUACAUAAACUGAGUAUCAUGUGUCAUCGCGCGAAGGUCCUGGAAAAUCGUACUUUCAGGUUCAACGAAUGUGUUUGUGGACCAUACAACGCAGAUUUCGACGGUGACGAGAUGAACUUGCAUUUGCCGCAGACUGAAGAAGCCAAGGCCGAAGCAUAUCAUCUGAUGGGUGUGAAAAACAACUUGGUCACGCCUAGGAACGGUGAACUCGUUAUCGGUGCGACCCAGGAUUUCAUCACAGGAUGCCAUUUGCUCACCUUGAAAGACACAUUUUUCACGCGAGCGCAAGCUUGUCAAAUAAUUUCGCAAAUUUUAUGCGGGGAGGAUCAGUCGUUGAAACUCGAUUUUCCUGCCCCAGUGAUUUGGAAGCCUCGAACGUUGUGGACUGGGAAGCAGAUUUUUAGCCUGAUCUUGAAGCCGAAUAAACGCUGUGGGAUCAAUGCAAAUUUGCGCACUAAAGGAAAAUCAUAUUCGAGGAAUGAAGAGCUUUGCGUCAACGACUCAUACAUCGUUCUGCACAACUCCGAGUUAUUAGCCGGAACUUUGGACAAGAGUGUGAUCGGAGCAGGUUCCAAAAGCAAUAUUUUCUAUGUGCUUUUGAAAGACUUUGGAUGUCAAGUAGCUGCAGACGCAAUGUGGCGAAUGACUCGCAUUGCAUCGUUCUAUCUGAUGAACCGCGGGUUUUCUAUCGGCAUCGGGGACGUUACUCCUAGCGGUGGCUUGUUGAAAGCUAAAAUGCGGCUCCUUGACGAUGGGUACGCGAAGUGUGAGGAAUUCAUUUGUCAAUUAAAAGAAGGCAGAUUGCCGUGUCAGCCUGGAAUGACGGAAGAAGAAAGCCUGGAGGCUGCGAUGCUGAAAGAGUUGUCCACUAUUCGUGAUCAUGCGGGUAAGGUUUGUUUGCAGGAGCUACCGAAAAGCAAUGCUCCGCUCACUAUGGCUGUUUGCGGAUCGAAAGGUUCUUUCAUAAAUAUCUCGCAAAUGAUUGCAUGUGUCGGUCAGCAAGCCAUCAAUGGCAAGCGGGUUCCUGACGGAUUUGAAUUCCGCUCCUUGCCUCAGUUUAAGAGGAAUUCCAAAACUCCGGAUGCCAAGGGUUUCGUGAGCAACAGUUUCUUCUCUGGUUUGACUCCGACCGAGUUUUUUUUUCACACGAUGGGCGGACGAGAAGGUUUGGUCGACACAGCUGUGAAAACAGCAGAAACUGGUUACAUGCAGCGACGAUUGAUGAAGGCUUUGGAGGACAUCUGCUGUCACUAUGACGAUACAGUGAGAAACUCUUUUGGAGAAGUCGUGCAGUUCUGCUACGGUGGCGAUGGUCUGGAUCCUGCUUGCAUGGAAGGGAAGGAGAAGCCCGUUGAUUUUGAACGGCAAUGGCAUCACGUGCGAUGUUCCAAGCGUUGCGAGGAUCAAAGUCCUUUGGACGGCGCUUCCAUUCGAGAAGGAUUAAACUUUAUAUUGGACGACAGCGGGUUUAUUGGAUUAGACGAGAGCUUCAAGACCGAGUUGAGGGCGUUCGUUGAAUCAAAGGCAGAUGCCGUCGACCGACAGCGAGCUCCGUUUCGGGAACUGCCUGGGAAAGUUGCUGCAGAAGUUGCCCGAAUAACCCUCGACCAACUUCUGGAUUUUGCCGAAACUUGUCGUGACAAAUACCUUAGAGCCAAGGUUGAGCCGGGAACUGCAGUUGGUGCUUUGGCUGCGCAGAGCAUUGGGGAACCAGGAACGCAGAUGACGUUGAAAACGUUUCAUUUCGCUGGUGUGGCCGCCAUGAAUGUGACGCUUGGUGUACCGCGAAUAAAAGAGAUCAUCAACGCCAGCAAGAAUAUUUCCACUCCCAUUAUCAGUGCACCUUUGACUGUGGACGAUGAUCCUGAAUACGCGAGGUGCGUGAAGGGAAGGAUUGAGAAGACCUUGCUUGGAGAAAUUUCUGAUUACUUGGAGGAAAUUUACGAACCGGACGGCUGUUACGUGUCGAUCAAGCUGAACUUGGAUCGCAUCAGAUUGCUGAAACUGGAGGUGAACAUGGAUACAGUUUUCAGAAGCAUCCUUGAGUCAAAAUUGAAAGUAAAAGCGGAGCACCUAUUUGUGGCAUCAGACGCAAAGCUGAUUGUGUACCCGCCUGUUUCCGCAGCGAUGUCGCUGCAUCUCACCAUGAAAACUUUAAUGGAAGAAUUACCUCGAGUCGUCGGUUUACCUACAGUUAGCAGAGCGGUUAUUCACAGAAAUGAGGAUGGAAAGAAGGAAACAUACAAGCUAUUUGUCGAAGGCGACAAUUUGCGGGAAGUGAUGGCGACUUACGGCGUCAAAGGAACUGCGGCGACGUCGAAUAAUACAAUGCAGGUCGCACAAUGUUUAGGAAUUGAAGCAGCACGUCGGACCAUCGUUCAUGAAAUCCAAUAUACCAUGGAAAGUCACGGAAUGAGCAUUGAUAGUCGGCAUGUCCAACUGCUGGCUGACCUGAUGACGUGUCGUGGUGAGGUCUUGGGGAUCACUCGCCAGGGACUUUCGAGGAUGAAGGAGUCUGUUUUAAUGUUGGCUUCCUUUGAAAAGACGGCCGAGCAUUUGUUUGAUGCAGCAUAUUUUGGACAAAAAGAUUCCGUUCUUGGAGUUUCAGAAAGCAUCAUCAUGGGAAAUCCUAUGAGCGUGGGCACCGGCAUUUCACUGGAUUUUUCCUUAACACAGUAUUUCUAUCUUUGCACGAUGGAGAAGCCGCCGAUUUUGCAAAAGAAGAAAUUGCUGUUCGAAGACCCAAGAUUUCAUGAUGAGCGAUGA